GACGUUGUUUGAUUUGAUUGAUGCCAGCUGCUCCGGGGCGGAGAGGUUCCUUUGUUUAUUUUACAAAACUUGAAUCCAAAAAACUUGAAAGAGUGAUUCAUCGUCUUCUACUCAACUCAUAUAAUUAAGUAUUUAAUUAUUAGAUGGUUAAAAUCUCAUUUUAGUGGUGCCAGAAGUGUACCCAAUUAAUUCCUAGUGUUUGUGUAGAUACUACCUAUUAUUAUUCAAAUAGAAAAAAAGUAGCACAAGUGAUGGUGUAAAUGAAUCAUGUCUACAUCCGUAGAAGAGAGUCCUAUUAUAAAUUCGGAUAUAGAGAAUGAUGUUACAAGCAGCUGCAGAAACCUUGUCGAGAAUGAACUUGCUGAAGAAACAACGGGAUGUUUCAAAAGCAGGACUGUACUUGGCAUCAUGGGGUUCCUGGGAUUUGCAAAUGUGUAUGCGAUGAGAGUGAACUUGUCAGUGGCUAUUGUAGCAAUGAUUAAUUCUACAACCCCCAUGCCCUCGAAUGACUCUACCCUAGAUGUGUGUCCAGCACCUGCUCCUAGCAAUAAUUCUAUGCCUAUUAAACCAGGGGAUUUCAAUUGGACUGCUGAGCAACAAAGUAUUAUUUUAGGUUCAUUUUUUUAUGGAUAUGUGUUAACACAGAUUCCAGGAGGUCGAAUAGCUGAAAAAUUUGGCGGGAAACUGGUUUAUGGCGUAGGUGUUCUAUUGACUGCUAUAUUCACGAUCUUGAGUCCAAUAGCAGCUUUUGUGGAUUUCAAGUUCUUUAUAGCUGUGCGAGUUCUAGAGGGGCUUGGCGAGGGCGUGACAUAUCCAGCUAUGCAUGCGAUGCUGGCGCGGUGGAUCCCCCCUAUGGAGAGGUCGAAAUUUGCAGCAUAUGUUUACGCAGGUUCGAAUAUUGGCACAGUGAUAUCGCUGCCUAUUUCUGGAUGGCUUUGUACCCUAGACUUUGGUGGUGGUUGGCCGUUGUGCUUCUAUCUGUUUGGUGGACUCGGGAUUGUGUGGUUCAUUGCAUGGAUGUUGCUCGUGUAUGACUCGCCUCAAAGACAUCCCAGGAUAUGUCCUAAGGAAGUGGAGUAUAUUACUGCAUGCAUUGGACCUCAGGAUGACCACCCGUCUAUGUCAAUACCAUGGGGUAAAUUCCUGACGUGCGUGCCUCUGUGGGCUAUUCUUAUCGCGCAGUGCGGCCAGUCGUGGCUGUUCUAUACGCAACUGACGGAGCUGCCAACCUAUAUGCAGAAUAUCCUCCAUUUUGACAUUGUUUCUAAUUCAACAUUAUCGGCGGUUCCUUACCUGACGUCUUGGAUAGCCGGCAUACUGUUCAGUAUCUUCGCUGAUUGGUUGCUGGUCAAGGGCUGGAUAUCCCGGAUCACCAGUAUGAAACUAUGGAAUACUGUUGCGGCGUUUUUGCCAGCGUUCGGUCUGCUGGGCAUCGCGUGGGCGGGCUGCGAUCGCCUCACGGUCAUGUUGCUGCUCAGCAUCACAUCCAUGUUCGGCGGCGCCGUCUACGCUGGUAACCAAAUGAACCACAUCGACCUAUCCCCGCAGUUUGCCGGCACGAUGUACGGCAUUACAAACGCAGCCAGUAACAUCUGCGGGUUCAUGGCGCCGUAUGUCAUUGGCAGGAUCAUUAGCUCCGACCAGCAAACACUGGGGCAGUGGCGCGAAGUGUUCUAUUUGGCUGCGGCCAUUGACCUUGGAGCCAACUUGUUCUAUCUGUUUUUCGCCAGUGCGGAAGAACAGGACUGGUCAAGGCCUGACGACGAUGACAUGACCGCGUCAGCUCCAGUGGAAAGCAUCCUAUUUCCAGAAUCAUAGGGUUUGAUCCACCACACCGCAUGUACGGCCGACACUGUGGUCUAGUACAACCGAGAAUAUUUUAACAUAUAAAUCAGGUGAACAUCCCAGGUAUCGAAAGCUAACAUGACAUGAAUUAGUGAAAAUAUUAGACUACAUAAUAAUGAGACUAUAAUUAAUGAAAAAAUAUGAGACUAUAACUGUUAAAAAAUUGGCAUAUUUUAAAAAAAUAUAAUCUAGAUAAUAAUA